AUGAAGUACAGGCAGGCAGUGGAUUCGGGGUGUCGUAGUGGUCAUGGACGUGUUGUGCUCCUGGUUUUUGAACUCUGUGAGCAAAUAUGGGGCGGAUCGCCAGCCACUAGCACCCUGGAAGUAGGUCUCGAAACCGCCGAUUUAGAAGACAGUGGGGCGGACAGCACAGCUUCGAGUUCACGGAGCUCUACGCCCUUGCCAGCCAUGAGCUACGCUCCCAUGGAUGACCCAGGUGCCUCCCCAGUUCAGCUGGAUGUGUCACAAGCCCGUCGGGCUGAGCUUGAAGCAAAGUUGUCCAACCAUAGGAAAGACAGACUGAAGCGGAAAAUGCACUCUGACCCAGCAGUUCUGGAAGAGCUCCAGCUAAAGAGGAGGAUGAUCGACCUACUAGAGGAGUCAGAGAGACGCAACUCAGAGAGACUGGAUAAAAUUUCAGAAAAUAUUUGCAAUAUAACCUCAACGAUUAGAGAUGGCUUUACACUUCUUGGGCAACUAAUGACCCAGCAGCAACAGCCAUACAGUUUUGCACAGGGGCACAUGGGAGGAUAUGCACAAGGGCCAUUUGCACACACCCAACAGCAUUUUUUCAGCGGCCCUGCCAGUGCACAGGCACAUAGGGCCCCAACACAGCACAACUGUCAGCACAACUCUCAGCACAACUCUCAGCACGGGGACUUUCUGGACUUGUGA